UUAUUAAUAAAAAAAUUAUUUAUUGCAUAAAAAUACCAUGGAAUGUAUAAAUAUUUGAGAUUCAAACUGGAAGCGCAUUGACUUUAACAAUCAAUUGAUUAUUGCUGACAAAAUCUUGAUUAAACAAUUCUUCGAUCAGAGCAAAUUCAGUGUACCCAAAACCUUUCGGAUUCAAAUCGUGCACUGGACGAUUGAAGGCUUGCAACUCUGACCUGGACAUCAUUGUUUCUUUGAUGUUUUUGAAUGAUUGCCUGGAAAAUAGUGAAUUUUAUUUAUUCAAAAUAAUUCUUGACAUAUUGACGUACGUUGGAUGGACUAUGGUGACUGUUAAUCUGCCACAAAAUGGCCAGUCUAAGGCUUGAUCAUGCUCAGAUUUCAUUAGGUGAAUCAGGAUUGCUAGAUAAUUUGGGUCUUUUGGAGAUAGAUUGAUUCUAAGACAUAAUCUACAAUAAUAACAUUAAAUACUCAUUAUUAUUGUAUAGUACUUACAAAGUCAGUUGAAACAAGGUAAAGAUAAAUUAAAACUGGUGACUGAAUAUUUUCAUAAGAAAUGCACUGCCACUAGUCAAAUUACCUUUACCUUGUGUCAACAUACUUUGUAAAUACUAUAACGACUAUUACAUACUUGUAGCCAUAAGGAUUGGUGUAAAACCCAGGGCUAUAAUGCAUCAGCCUUGGAUUUUCUCUCAUUUGAGCUAUUUUAUUUUUAAAAUCGUUAAAAUGCCAAAGGAAACAGCCAUUGCAGUAUCUCUGUUGGAAAUUAGCAGUUGUACUUGUUAAAUUUGUUAAUUGUUGUGACAUAUUAGCUAUAAUAAUGUCUUGUUCUCUGGUUUUUUGUUCUAAAAAUACUAUUUUUUCAUAUAAGGCCCUAAAACAAAUAAGAAUAAGUAGGUAAUUGAUUAUGCAUGGUCUAUUCACAAUCUGUAGUCCAAAGGUACAGGUAAAAUUUAUCACCUUUUAAUACUAUUUGAUAGGGAAAGAUGAUAAAUUUACCUGUACCUAUGGAAUACAGGAUAUAAUUACCUUAAUAAAUUAUCAUUAUCACUAUCACCAGUAGUAGAUUUAAGUUGUUGAUUAUCAUGUUUGGAUGGAGGAUCCCAAAAAUUAGCCUGAGCCAAAGUGCUAGAAGCAUUUUCACUACCAACAUUCACUUUGCCAUAGGCCCUAGACAAAAGGCCCAAAUGUAGUUGGAUAUUUUCCUGCAGGUGCCUUUGCAGCUCGGGAUCAUCUUCAAACUUUUCAUAGCACCCAAAAUCCACAAACUGGCACCUCAACUUUUCGUGAUCUGGCAACUCUGGUACUCUAAACUGACAAACCAACAAAUGCUCAUCAACAUCCAAGGGUGAUAAUUCCUCCAGACAACCACGCACUAUAUUAGGACACUUUGUCCUUUGCUGCGAAAUUUCCCUUCUAGUAAAAUUAUCAGGGAAAACAUCUUUGUCUUUGUUUAGCUUCAUUUUAUCUACAGGACACGCGUUCUCUUUUCUACAAUGCAACAAUGAGUCACUAGUUGCGUAUAAAAAUUACAUACUCACUCUAGCCAUCCCUGAAUGCAAUUCCUGCAAAACCUGUGCCCGCAAGAGGUGACCACAGGGUCCCUGAGCCAGGCCAGGCAAAUGGGGCACUCAAAGCGUGCCUCGGGGGCAGCGAAUUCGUCUAUUAUCGAGCUCUCUUGGGCCGAAUUGUAUCCUCCUUCAGCCAUUAUUUAAUUAUUAAUAAAAAUAGGCAUUUGUUGUUUAUUUAAGCUUUGUUCCAACCCAACCAGGAAACUGUAAUAUUGCUGUCAGGAUUCUGCGCAGAAACCGAAAUUCGUAUACAGAGUGGUUCCGAAACCGUUCUGGGACUGGUUGGAACAAACCUUUAAUCAGCUGAUUGUCAAAAGUCUCUUUCUAAAUGCUAUAAAAUAAAAAAGGACAAAAAUACAAAUGAAAUCAGCUGUUUGUUGUUUUGGUACUAUUAAUUUUCUCUUUAAAAAUUCUAAUUAUUUUCCACGCAUAGACUGCAAAGUAAUUACUAAUCCAUUAGUACUGCUAUCAGUCUUGAAAUGUGAAUCUAUGCUCAGUAAGCUUUGAUUUUGAUAAGGCACACAAAGCACGUUCAAAUUCUAUACGCAAAAUGUGAACAUUUAGAUAAGGAGUUUUAAAUUUGUGAGUGUGUGUUUGUUUGAAGAAGUCAUGGUUUCCUUAUGUACUAGUAGUACUAAUGGUUAUGAAUCUAUUGGGGAACCCAAAUCGCAACAAAUUUACGAUUCGGAAAACGACCAAAUACUCUGUCACAUUUUCGCCUACAAAAAGUCCAAUUGCAGGAGCUUCUUCUAUCAUUUGUUCAGUAUUUUACUUGCUUUUAUUCCUUAUAUUGUAUUUAGGGCGUAUCCUCGUUUCAAGGCUCAAUUCAAGUACAAACAGUGUCACAUUGAAAUCGCUGAGAUUUUCUUAGUAUGUGACAAUCACAAUAAAUGCACAAUCCAACAAGUGGGCGUGACCUCGGUAAAUCUACCUCAUUUUGGUCUAAGGGGCACAGUGAAGUAUUUUUUUCAUCAACGCACAAAGUACGUAUGGGUACCUGCAACAAAUUCCUUCGGUACCUUAAACCAACUGUUAUGGUCCCAGAAAACGUGCGACGAUUACGUAGAAAAUACUGAAGUUUUAUCAAACAGUGAAUAUCUGGAAUUAUUUAACCUGUAUGGACCAAAUAAAAUCGAAGUGGAAGUUAAAACUUAUUGGCGAUUGUUUGUUGAGGAAAUUUUCAAUCCUUUUUACAUGUUUCAAGCAUUCUCCAUAGCCCUGUGGUGUUUUGAUGAUUAUUUCAUCUAUGCCUUGUGCGUCAUCAUUCUCACUUUAUUUUCCAGUAUUACUUCUCUGAUACAAACACGCAAGCAAAGUGAAAGCUUGCACGAUAUUGUUGAAUCAUCCAGGUGCCAUGAAGUAGCAGUAUUAAGGGAAUUAUAUAGGGGCGAGACUUGCAUGAAAAUCAAUCCUGAGCAACUUGUCCCAGGAGAUUUAAUUGUAAUGCCCGCUUCCAAUUUUAUAAUGCCCUGUGAUGCUGUAUUGUUAACAGGGCAGGCUAUUGUCAACGAGAGUGUUUUAACAGGUGAAAGUGUGCCAGUAACAAAAACAUCACUACAUUCUGGCACUGAAGCUUAUUCUACCAAUACACACAAGCGGCACACGUUAUUUUCAGGCACCGACAUCCUUCAAACGCGGUAUUAUGGGGGCGAAAGCGUCAUUGCAAGGGUAGUAAGAACAGGCUUUGACACCACCAAAGGGCAUUUAGUCAAAAGCAUCCUAUUCCCUAGCCCAGUCAAUUUGCAAUUCCACAAAGACGCAUUCAAGUUUGUUUUUGUACUUUUCAUUAUUGCAUUUAUUGGAAUGUUCUAUUGCCUUUAUUUGUAUUUGUUGAGAGAAGCUCCGUUAAAGGAGAUUUUGGUGAGGGCACUUGAUAUAAUUACAAUUGUGGUACCACCUGCUUUGCCUGCUGCAAUGGCUGUUGGUACAGUGUAUAGCCAAAACAGACUAAAACAAUUAAAGAUUUUUUGCAUUAGUCCGCCUAGGAUUAAUGUGUGUGGCAAAAUCAAGCUUGCUUGUUUUGAUAAGACUGGUACUCUCACUCAUGACGGUUUAAGCAUGAAUUCCGUAAUUCCUUGUAACGAUGCUCAAUUUUUCGAUCCUGUCACUGAUAUAGCUGAAUUAGAAGUUCAAAGUGAGUUUGUUAGAGGCAUGGCCACUUGUCACUCGUUGACCAGAAUAGAAGGCCAACUAAAUGGAGAUCCUUUGGAUUUAAACAUGUUUGAAUUCACAAAAUGGAAAAUAGAAGAACCAGGCAUGGUUGAAACUAAUAGAUUCGACAUGUUGGCUCCUACAGUUGUAAUGCCUGCAAAAAGGCCCACGAAAUUGAAAUUGGCUCAUGAUGAAAAAGAAUUUUGCGCUCAGGACACUCAGAUAGGUAUAAUAAGGGAAUUCUCAUUUUCCUCCACCUUGCAAUGCAUGUCUGUGAUUUGUAAAGAUUUGGUGUCUCCCAAUAUGUUUGCAUAUACAAAAGGUGCCCCUGAAAAACUAUUUGCCCUAUGCAUACCCGAUACACUGCCAAAAGAUUUCCAAACAAGACUGAGCUUCUACACUGCCCGCGGCUAUAGAGUAAUAGCUCUAGCCCACAAAAACUUACCCACUAAAUUCAAGUGGAAGGAUGCUCAAAAAGCCAAAAGAGACAAAAUCGAAUGCAACUUGCACUUUCUCGGUUUACUAAUACUACAAAACCCCCUCAAAGACGAAACUGUGCCUGUAAUAACACAAUUACACCAGGCCAACAUAAGAACUGUAAUGAUUACAGGCGACAAUAUCAUGACAGCGAUUUCAGUAGCCAGAGAUUGCGGCAUGGUCGACGCCUACGCCGACAUUUACAUUUUAGAAGUAACCGAAUCUGAAGAUGAAGCUCCCGAGCUUCUGGUGAAAAAAGCUGGAAGCGGGGCCCAACCUGAUAUUGCUGUGAUCGAAAUUUACAACCAACAUUGCCAUAUUGCCAUGGAUGGUAAGACUUGGGGCAAAUUGCGCACUUAUUAUGAGCAUUUAAUACCGAAUUUGCUGGUCAGGGGGACGAUUUUUGCCCGGUUCCAGCCUGACCAAAAAACCCAGCUUGUUGUUGCCUUGCAAGAGCUGGAUUAUGUUGUUUCUAUGGUUGGAGAUGGUGCUAAUGAUUGUGGGGCCUUGAAAGCAGCUCAUGUCGGGGUAUCUUUAUCACCAGCAGAAGCUAGCGUUGCAGCUCCAUUCACCUCAGGAAUACCAAACAUUUCCUGUUUGAUUUGGUUGAUUUUGGAGGGCAGGUGCGCCCUAGUCACAAGCUUUGCCAUUUUCAAAUACAUGGCCCUUUACAGUCUAAUACAAUUCACCACUAUUCUAAUCCUUUAUACGUGUCACUCUAUUUUAGGAGAUUUUCAGUUUUUGUUUAUAGAUCUUAUUAUUACUACUACUUUGGCUGUGACAAUGGGUAGGCAAGGACCAUCGAAAAUCUUGGGUGCCAAACGUCCCAUGUCCUCUUUGGUGUCCCCCAAAAAUCUGGUGCCUUUAAUUCUACAAAUCGUCGCGUGUGCCUUUUUCCAGUUGGCGGCACUAUACUAUUUGUACCAGCAAAAGUGGUUUGAACCAAUACCCGAUCAAGGUCAAGACGAAAUAGUGGUUUCCUGGGAAAAUACAGUAUUAUUUACGGUUUCUUGUUAUCAGUACGUUAUUUUGGCUUGGCAAUUUUCCAAAGGGAAACCGUUUAGGAAAUCUGUUUUAACGAAUUUUUGGUUUAUUUUAAACGUGGUCUCUCUUACUGCAUUUGUAACGUGGAUGAUGCUCAGUCCUUGUAAGAAAAUAGCUGAAAUUAUGGAACUAAUGCCUUAUAAGGAUUUGGAGCAAAGAAGUUUUAGAUAUUUGUUAGUUUUAUUUCCUGUUGCGCACUUUUUAGCUUCAGGAUUUAUUGAGAUGUUUAUGUCUGAUCGAGUAUGGCUGAAAAAGUUGUUCCAGUGUGUUAGUUGCAAAACACGGCCUAAAAAUAAGUACAAACGUCUAUUACGAGAUAAUGAGUUUGUCAACUAUUUUAAUUCGUUGCAAAUAUCUCGGUGACAUCUUUAUGCAAUUAUUAUUAUUAUAAUAUAAAAGUAUGACC